AUGUUGGUGCGGCGAAUGGCAAGGCUCACUGAUGAUGCCGACUACGAUGCGGGCGAAACGUUUAAGAAUGUAUCAAGUCCACUGUCAGAUGCUGGGAAUCAUGACAACUACUAUGGCAGACCGAGAAUGUACCAAGUCCACUGUCAGAUGCUGGGAAUCAUGACAACUACUAUGGCAGACGACUUCGGACUAGAGAAUGUAUCAAGUCCACUGUCAGAUGCUGGGAAUCAUGACAACUACUAUGGCAGACGACUUCGGACUAGGGUACAUAGUCGCCCUGACAACAAGACCAAGUUGCGACAACGAGGUUAA